GUAAUGUAGUUUUUUAGUCGCCGCAAUCAAAGUACGUUAAUGAAGCAGAAUACGACAGUUCCCAGAAUGCCUGUGCGGCACCGGAACCCGAAGGGCAUUCGUGUAAUCAUUGCCAUGGCGACUAAAAAUACUGCUGGGAGUUGUAGGCGUACCAAAGCAGUUUUUGCUUGGCAUUAAAAAAAAAUCGAUGGUUAAAAUAUAAAUACGAAAAGCAGUAUUUUCAAAACGGGGUACACAGUCAUUUAAAACAUAGGUGAUUUUAUAGAAAUUCGUUACGUUAGAGAAAAAGUGCUGUUGUUGCUAUGGAGACGUUUUAGCUAGUUAAGAUUAUUAUUAUUAUUUUUUAAAGCGAAUUUGAUAACGUUAAUAAGACGCAAAAGAAAACGCACACACAACGUCGUCAGGCUGUGUCGUGUCGAGGAUAUUAGUAUGGAGACGAGACGAUAGAAAAAGGGGGAAAAAACAGACAAAGCUGAGCCGCGAUGUCGAAGGCCAUUGGGCGGAGGUUCCAUUGGCGCUCCAAGGUCCAGGAGAGCUUUGUGCCACUGGACGUGGCCUCAGGCGAGCUGGGCGUGGCAAUGGGGGGCGGGGCUGACUACGGGGAGUUCCCAUUCGUCCUGGGGGCCCAGGGGGGCGGGGCCGGGCUGGGUGAUCUGGUCCUGGAGAUCGGGGGGACCCCCGUGUUGGGGCUGACACUGGGGGACGUGAGGGGAGUCCUAAACAGCUGCCCCCAGCCCGUCCGCAUCAAGACAGUCCCGCCAGGGGCCACCCUUUGCAAGGACCUGCGUCUGUACCUCAGUAAGUGCUUCACUCCCGGCUCUGUGGACAGCCAGCUGCAGCAAGUGAUCAGAGAGAACCUGUACCUGAGAGCUGUGCCGUGCACGACCCGACCGCUGCGGGACGAGGAGAUCCCCGGGGUGGAUUAUAACUUUGUGAGCAUCCAGGACUUCUUCUCCCUGGAAGAGAGCGGGGCGCUGCUGGAGAGCGGCAAGUUCAAAGGGAAUUAUUACGGGACCCCCCGGCCGGUGCACAUCGGAGAGGACAGUCCCCCCAUCUCGUACCAGGAGCACCGCAACCUGCUGCAGAAAUUCAACACCCGCAGCAAGUCCCUGAGCAACCUGGAGAAAGUGGGAGAGGACGAGGACGGCAGUGAGGAGGGAGACUCGGGGCUGUCUGGUGGCUCUGCGGCGAACAACCCCGCCCCCACACCGUCCCCCAGCCAAUCUCGUGACUCGAGCGGAGGGGACGGCAGUGCGCUGGAGAACGGGGGCGACCCCCUGCCGGGGAACUGGGAGAUGGGGUUCAGCGAGAGCGGGGAGCCCUACUUCAUAGAUCACAACAGCAAGACAACCACCUGGCUGGAUCCCAGAACACAGACCAAGGAGACGCUGAACAAGACGGAAAAGAUGUCUAUGUUCACUGAUAAGCCGUCGGAGCUGAAAGGGUACUCCGUCCACACACGCCUCUCCAAGGGGCCCCGAGGAUUCGGGUUCAACAUCGUGGGGGGCAGCCGGCCCCAGGAGUUCCUGCAGGUGUACAGUGUGACCCCUGGGGGCCCCGCAGCCUUGCGCACAGCUGAUAUUCUGGUCUUUGUCAAUGACACCUGCGUUCUGGGAAUGUCCCACAAGGGGGCAGUAGAAAUGCUCAAGUCUGUGCCUGCCAGCCACAGUGUUGAUCUCGUUCUAAGAAGGGGGUACCCCAUGCUCUAUAACCCAGACGGCUGCCCCAAGCUCAAAGUUGACUCCCCGGUGAUCAACGAACCCCCACAGGACGAAGCUGGCAACACCAACGGGUACCCCAGCAUUCCCAGUGUUUCCAGCAACGGAGUGCAGGAUGCCAGCAGCCCGAACGCAAACCAGCCGUCGCCCAACCUAGCCAUCAACCGCCUGCCGGCCUCCCACAGCGCCCUCGAUCUCUCUUCAAUACGCAACCAGAGGACUGCAGCAAUGGGCAACCUCAACAACAACUCGGCACUGCCUGGAUUUGACAACAGCAGCAGCAAACUCAACCUGAAUCUCAUGGACCCGAUCCCCCUCAAACCAGAGACAGGAGGGGGAGGGACAGCAGGAGCGACCCCAGCCUCGAGAACAGAUUGUGGGGCAUUAAAACAGCAGCCGGUCCCUCCCUUGCAUCCAACAACAGAAGCGGAACACAGAACGGACUGCGGGUUCCACAGUUGCCCGGGCAACACCAAUCAAGGCUCGGCUGCCCAGGCUGGGGUUCCGGAAGUGGGCGGGGAGUACAUCCCGGUGCCGGUUGGGCGCAGCGAGCAGGGGGCGGGAUUCACGGUGGGAGGGGGCGGGCCGGGGGGCGGGCUGGCGGUGGUGAAGAGGGUGCUGGACAGGAGGCAGUGCCCGGCCCUGGAGCCGGGAGACGCCAUCGUGAAGGUGAACGGGGCCAGUGUGCAGAGUCUGAGCUUCCCACAGCUGGAGAAGGUGCUGCAGGAGCACAUCAGGCAAGGGGACGUGGUGCUGCUGGUGUACAGAGAGGCCUCUCUGCGAUCAACUCUCUCUCCAGGCUCGUCCCAGAACGGCUCCCAGUUAAACCAGUUCCCAACCCCUCCAAACCAGCUGUCGGUGCCCAGGACCCCCAGCUCCAAAGACCCCGGCCAGGGUACAAACAGCACGGGCUCCAGUGGAAAUCUGACUGGACUGAACAAGCAGCCUGACAGCCUGGACAAGCGACCCCCAAUCCCAGAGCCCGCACUGGGGUUCAAGAAAGACCUCGUGAAGAGCACCAGCUUUCUCGAACCGGUUCCUGUGACUUUGACCCUGGAGCCCCGCGACUGGCUGAACGCGGGGGGCGCCACAGGAAGUGCAGAGCUGGGGCAGGAAGCCGUGAAGGAGACGUCCCCGCGGGGCGUGGAGGUGGAGCUGAGGAGGCGCCCGGACGAGGGGUUCGGGUUUGUGUUUGUGACGGAGCGCGACGGCAAAGCGAGCUCGCUCCUCCCUCACAAGAUCUCUCAGAUUCGGAGGGGCAGUCCCGCUGACCGCAGUGGCCGGAUCAAGGUGGGCGAUCGACUGAAAGCUGUGAACGGUCAGCCGGUCCAGCGCAUGCCUCACCGCGACAUCGUGGAGCUGUUCAGGAAGGCUGGCAACACCAUCCGGCUGCACAUCGUCCCACGCAGCAACACCAAUCCCUCCAGCCUAUCACAGACCACAGACAUGGAACCAGAGCCCAAAGGGAGAAGAGGCCAAAGGUCAAGGUCAAAGGACUCCCAGUACUACAACGUGGAACUGGACAGGGGUCCCACGGGAUUCGGGUUCAGUCUGAGGGGGGGCAGCGAGUACAACAUGGGCCUGUAUGUGCUGGGGCUGAUGGAGGGAGGCCCAGCCGCUCGGAGCAAGAGAAUACAGGUGAGUGACCAGCUGGUGGAGAUCAAUGGGGACAGCACGGCAGGGAUGACUCACACCCAGGCUGUGGAUCAGAUCAGGAGGGGGGGCAGACGGAUCCACCUGGUCCUGAAGAAAGGCAACGGAUACGUGCCUGACUACAGCCCUGAAUUCGGGGACGGGAGCCAGCACUCCCCACCCCCGCGGAGCCCCGACCGGGACCUCACUCCCCAGGCCCAGACGGAUCUGGCUCCAGUAGGGUACCGAACCGGGCUGAGGGAGAGUCGCGGGGCGACAGAGGAGGAGGAUGAGGAGGAGGAAGAGAGAGACAGGAGGAGGAAAAAGAGGCGGACGGCUGCAGCGGCCUCCAGCAUCACCAAACCCGACGCCUGUCAGAAGGAGCCUCAGAGACACAGGGGGGGAGGAGGAGGGAAGGGGAGCAACCAGAGUCUGCCCAGGGACAGGAGGCUGAGAGAGGGGUCCUGGGACGAGGAGGGAGGCUCAGAUUUGGAGAGGGAGAGGGAGAGGGAGGGAGGCAGACAGAGGGAUUCUAAAGAGAGGGGCAGGGGAAGAGUGAGGGAGCAGAGAGGGAAGGAGAAGGAGGAGAGGAAGGAGGACAGGCGAUCAGAGUCUCUGGAAAGCAGUCGGAGAAAGGAAAAGGGGAGAAGCAGCCUUCGGGGUUCAUUAGAGAGAGCUCCCGACACCCCGAAACCGGAACGCACCCCUUCCUGGAGCAGGGAAGCUGACGGAUUUGGAGAGGAUUCGAGAGCCAGCGGAAAGCAGGGACCCCAGCGAGCAGCGAGCCCAGGGGCCGCGUCGGACAGACAGACUGGCGAGUACCUGCUGUUCAAGAGCCAGGGGCAGCUGAGGAGCUCCGUGCAGCCUGGACCCUGGCUCAUGCCCAGCAAGGAGAAACUGUUUGAGAUUUUGGAAAUCAAUAAACUCAAACGGAACUGAUUUUAUAUAUAUAUAUAUAAGUACAAUACUGUAUUAAAAUAAGUUUUUUUAUAUAUAUAUUUAAAAAAAAAAGUUAUAUAAUGGGCUGUUGUGUGUAAUGUGUAAAUAUGUAUUAUAUGGAGAAUAUAAAAAUAAAAUCACAAAUGUAAAUAAACACAGAGCACAGCAGCGGUUAAAACGUUAUUUCUUGAGAAGGUUUCAUCCAGCACUGUACAUGCACACUUCCAUGCAGGUCCACCAUUAUU